AAGUGAAUGUACGUCUUAUAAGGAAGGCUACAGCGACCUAAAUGAAUCUUGGCAAUCUGACGAUAAUAUGCUUCCGUCGUUUCAGUCGAUUGCAGAAGUACUUCCAUGUAUGGGUCAACGUUUGUGCUGAGCUUGCAUCACCCGCUAGUCCCACUCUGAGGAUCCCUGUAGUCGCUGCAAGCAAGUUGAUGACACUGAUGGUGAUCAAAGCCACAUGCAUCCCAUGGGUACUUAUUCCCAAUACUUCCCGCCGUCUUGGAGCACAUCAACGUGCGACGGCGGACUCGAGCAGCGAACGAAUAAUGAAUGAUGCGCAUUCCAACCCAUAUCAUAUUUACCUGACGAUCUUCUUGAGGGAACGUUAUCGGAGGCUCUUGCUAUGGUCGAGCCUCUCCAACUUGGCGGCCAUCAGUGGCAAUGGGAAGAUGUCGUCUUGAGGUCAUGCAGGUAUUGGACUGCAUUGGCGUUGCCGUCUUUGAGGUCCUGGAGUCGUCUUGAUGCUGAUACUUAACUAUAUGCGCAACCCCAUCUGUACGACAAAGUGGUUGUCAUUCUCACAGGCGAUCAAUGGUCUAUAGUGGUCUAUUAUUCCACUG